GUGCUUGCUAGUGUCUUACAGGCCGCUAGCUCUCGCGCAAUUUGCGGCGGCCGCGAGGUAUUGCUAGCCAGUUGGCCCUCGAAAUCACGCGUCGCGUCCUCUGAACUACUCUCUCUUGAACGAUGCUCGCUCUCGACUACGCCUCGCAAUGGCAAGUCGCGCUAGCAUGCUCCGUGGCUUGCGCCCUGGUCUGCGAGACGAUUGGCGUCGCGUUCGCGCGCUGGACGGCCAAGCAGCCGUGGUGGGAGCGCGCGCUCCCGAUCAUGCGCCAGACGUGCUAUAACUUCGGCUCCACUCAGUGCGUAAAUCAAAUCGUUGCGGCGCGUCUCGCCUCCACGCCAUCGACGCGACUCACUGAUCGAUUCGCGCGCAGGCUUCUCCAAGGAGCCGUCGCCGGAGUUCCCCGACGGCACGUCCGACGCGAUCGUCCUCGACCUCUGGAGCGCCGUCAACGCGCACGUCGUCGUCCAUUUUGUGUGUGGCGGGCUCAUGAUACCCGUGAUCGUGGCGGGCGCCUGGGCCGCGGCGACGCCGUUCGCCCGGAACGCGUUCAUUCUGGGUACGCUCUGCGACGUGGGCUUCGACCUCUACCACGGGUGCCGCGUCGCGACGGCGACGUUCGCGAGCCGCGACUUCCUGGGCCGCCUCGGCUGGGAGAAGAACCCCGCGGCGAUGAUGGUGCUCACGGUCCUCCACCACACGCUGUCCGUGUCCAUGGUGAUCCCGAUGAACCACGCCUAUAUCGAGUUGGACGACUACCGCUUCAUAUGUUUUUCUCUGCUGUUCGCGGCGGCGGUCUGCUUUUCAUUGAAUAGCUACAAGAUGACGCUCGACGUGACGGUUCGCGGCGACUUCAUGGUGUUUAAGGUGAUUACCGUGAUUCAGCUUGCGACGGUCCGUGUGAAAAGCAACCGCUAGUCGCGCUCGUCGAUGGCGUGGGGGCUGACCCGGUCGAUCGCACAGGUGACGAUCUUCUACACGCGCAUCUGGAACUGGUUCCAGGCGGUCUACCGCAUCUGCCGGCACUUCUCCGCUGCAGGCGACGUGGCGUUCUACCGCGGGGGCCUGGUCUGCGCCGGGUUCAUGACCGUGUUCAACCUUGCCCUCAUGAACGACGCCGUCGAAACGUUCAUCAAGUGGAUCCCGAAGCCUCUACCUACUCCGACGACGCGCGGCGACACGCAGAAAUUGGUGAGGGAGCUGUCGCGGUCCUGCUCGCUCGGCUCCGAGCUGUCGCUCUCCGGCCGGAAACCGGGCCGCUUCCGCGCCGCCGCGCGCCGUAUCAUCGCCGAGAAGCGCCUUUCCACCGUGGACUCGGACCCGUCGGGGUCGCGGAAGGAGGACUAGUCACCUGCUCAUCCUUACCCGCGAAAACUAAUUUAGAUAGCGCUCCUUACACGCCACUAUAACUAGCGCC